UGUGACCGCCCACGCGACCCACUGCAGCAAGAGUCAUCCGUCAUGGCUUCAGCUGCCACUGCGAAAAAGCAGCCACAGUGGUCAACAAAUUUCGACACGAAGCGCCGCCAGCACCUCUUCCGGAAUCCGCCCAAGGACAAGACCGCUUAUCCGACACUCGCUGCAGCUGUCGACCCCCACAUCAACUCAUUUAAUAGUAUUUUUACGCCCGGCGGCCAGAUCGAGGAGGGUAUUAAGGACAUUGGUAUCAAAAGCUUCACCGAUGGCGACCCGUACGCGCAACCUGAGGAGAUUGGGCGCAGAAACCGACUUUCUGUGCGCAUUCAAGAUGUUUUCCUUGACAAGGCUGUCCUGCCGCCUUCCAACAAGGUUGCACUCAAGAACCGCAACAUCUUCCCCGCGGAAUGUCGAGAGCGCCACGCCACAUACCGUGGCAAGCUUCGUGCUCGUCUCGAGUACAAAGUAAACAACGAAGAUUGGCAGGAGGAGGUUUGCGACCUGGGACAGAUCCCCAUCAUGUUGAGGUCGAACCGGUGUCACCUCGAGAACAUGAGCCCAGAUCAGCUUGUCAAGGCCAAGGAAGAGACCGAGGAGUUGGGUGGCUACUUUAUCGUCAACGGUAUUGAGAAGAUCAUUCGAAUGCUGCAGGUGAACAGGCGCAACUACCCCAUGGCCAUCAAGCGUGGUGCCUUCACGAACCGCGGUCCUGGCUACACACCAUACGGUAUCCAGAUUCGCUCGAUCCGCACCGAUCAAUCUUCGCAAACGAACGCGCUCCACUAUCUCAGUGAUGGAAACGUCAAUUUCCGUUUCUCAUGGAGGAAGGCCGAAUACCUGGUCCCUGUCAUGAUGGUCAUGAAGGCGCUAGUCGAAACAAACGACCGGGACAUCUUCGAGGGCAUCGUCGGCGCAGCUGGCUCGAAAGGACUCGCAGAGAAGCAGUUCGUCACCGAUAGAGUAGAAUUGCUGCUCAGGACGUACAAGGUCUACGGGUUGCACUCGCAAGCAAAGACAAGGGCAUACCUGGGAUCCAAAUUCAAGGUUGUGCUACAGCUUCCUGAUGACGCCAGCGACGAUGAAGCGGGUGUCGAGUUUCUGCGAAAGAUCGUUUUACCCCACCUUGGAGCCUACAAAGUCACUCCGGCGCAGAACGCCGAUAAGUUCCAGAUGAUCCUCUUCAUGAUCAGAAAACUGUACGCCUUAGUCGAGGGCGAGUGCUCGGUCGAUAACCCAGAUGCGGUCCAGAACCAGGAAAUCCUGCUUGGUGGUCAGCUUUACGGAAUGGUCAUCAAGGAAAGACUAGACGAGUGGCUGAACUCGAUUCGGCCUGUCCUGCAGGACUGGGGCCGUCGAUCGGAGUGGAAGUCGUUCACAUCGCCCGAGUUCAAGAAGGAGUUCGUUCCCAGGGUCUUGAAGAGGACGACCAUGGAUGUUGGGCGCGCCAUGGAAUAUUUCCUCUCCACUGGUAACCUCGUCUCUCCAACUGGUCUCGACCUGCAGCAAACUGCCGGUUUCGUCGUUGUGGCUGAGAAGAUCAACUUCUACCGUUUCAUCAGUCAUUUCAGGAUGGUGCACAGAGGUGCCUUCUUUGCGCAGCUCAAAACGACCACAGUUCGUAAGCUUCUUCCGGAGAGUUGGGGCUUCAUGUGUCCAGUCCACACGCCUGAUGGUUCUCCAUGUGGUCUGCUGAACCACUUUGCGCACAAGUGCAAGUUGGCUACACAGAACGUUGAUGUUUCAGCCGUUCCCAAGCUUGUGGCGCAGCUAGGCGUAUCAAGCAAGUCCUCCGCAUCACUUGAGUCAAGCGUGGUCGUACAACUUGAUGGCCGAGUCUUGGGCUUCUGCUCACCAAAGCAAGCCAAAGUCAUCGCAGACACAUUACGAUACUGGAAGGUCGAGGGCACGCACGGUGUACCGUUGGAGCUUGAGAUUGGGUUUGUUCCCAACUCAAACGGCGGCCAGUACCCCGGUGUCUUCAUGUUCUCACAAGUUGCACGCAUGUACCGGCCCGUCAAGUACCUUCCUCUCGGCAAGCUCGACUAUGUCGGGCCCUUUGAACAGCCAUACAUGUCCAUCGCUUGCACGGACCCGGAGAUCGUGUCUGGUGACUCUACCCACGUCGAGUUUGACCCUACCAAUAUCUUCUCGAUCAUCGCCAACAUGACACCGUUCUCCGAUUUCAACCAGUCGCCUCGAAAUAUGUACCAAUGUCAGAUGGGUAAGCAAUCGAUGGGUACACCUGGAACCGCGCUGCGCUACCGCACCGACAACAAGACCUACCGCCUCCAGACAGGCCAGACACCUAUUGUGCGACCGCCCCUCCACAACGAGUAUGGCUUCGAUAAUUUCCCGAACGGCACCAACGCUGUUGUGGCGGUCAUUUCAUAUACCGGUUACGACAUGGACGACGCUAUGAUUCUGAACAAAUCGGCGCACGAACGUGGUUUUGGUCACGGCACCAUCUACAAGACUAAGAUCUGUGAUCUGGAGGAGGGUGGCCGCAGGAACAGGUCAGGAAAGACCGUCUCCAAGCUUUUCGGUUUCGCGCCGGAGGGCUUGAAAAAGGCUUCCUAUCUCGACACCCUUGAUGAGGAUGGUUUCCCACGUGUUGGCACACUCCUGCGUCACGGUGACGUUAUCGCAGCGUGGCACACAGUCUCGUACGACGCUGCGACUGAUGACUACAUCAAUCGUGAUGCCAACACCCAAUUUUUCAAGUACAAGGAGGAUGAGCUUGCGUUCGUUGAGGAGGUUCGCAUCAUUGGCUCAGAGGAUGGCACGCAGCCUUGUCAGAAGAUCAGUGUCAAGCUCCGCGUUCCCCGUUCGCCCAUCAUCGGUGACAAGUUCUCGUCUCGUCACGGACAGAAGGGUGUCUGCUCGCAAAAGUGGCCCUCGAUCGACAUGCCUUUCUCUGAAUCUGGUAUUCAACCCGAUGUCAUCAUUAACCCUCACGCUUUCCCGUCCCGUAUGACAAUCGGUAUGUUCGUCGAGUCUCUGGCUGGUAAGGCAGGUGCUAUGCACGGUAUUGCCCAGGACUCGACGCCCUUCCGUUUCGAUGAGCAGAACACUGCUGUCGACUUUUUUGGCCAUCAGCUCAUGAAGGCUGGUUACAACUACUACGGAAACGAACCCAUGUACUCCGGCAUCACAGGUCAGGAGCUCGCGGCCGAUAUUUACAUCGGCGUUGUAUACUACCAGCGUCUCCGUCACAUGGUCAACGAUAAGUACCAGGUCCGUACCACAGGUCCGGUCAACUCGAUGACAGGUCAGCCUAUCAAGGGUAGGAAGAAGGGUGGUGGUAUUCGUGUUGGUGAGAUGGAGCGUGAUGCGCUUAUUGCUCACGGUACUGCUUUCCUGCUCCAGGAUCGUCUGAUGAACUGCUCCGACUACACCAGAGCAGCCAUCUGCCGUGGGUGUGGCAGCUUCUUGUCGACUGCGCCAACAGUCAACGAGUUUUCGCGUAAGAACGAGAAGAGUGGCAGGAGCCUGACAAUCAGGUGUAGAAGAUGUGCGAGCCUCGCGGACGGUCACCAGAGCAAGAGUGAUACUUGGACCGAUGGCCAGGGCAUUCGCUUCAGCGGUGGCGACGACAUUGCUACGGUUGCUGUGCCGGGUGUGUUGAAGUAUCUCGAUGUUGAGCUGGCCAGUAUGGGUGUCAGACUCAAGUUCAAUGUUUCGCCUUAAGACUGUGAACACGCACGAAAUGGAGAUACGAGCGGCAUGUUGGGAGGAAUUGUUUAGGCAUUGCUUGGCGUUUUGGAUGCAAAAGUUACCCGGACUCUUUAGCAGCAUCAGCGGAGUUCUCUAGAUUGAUGAAUCGAAUCACGUCACAACAGACAACGACUCGGUAGACACGCUGUGAUCACCUGGGAUACCUCGAACGACAACACUGGAACAACAAGGAAGACAGUUGCGAUGGUUCCCAG